GCAUUUCCGAUGGGGGGGAGAACUGUUAGUAAACAAAACAGUUCUCCCCCCUGUCAGCUCAUGCACACUGCUUUGCAUGGCUGUGCUGUGCACAGCCAUGCAAAGCAGUGUGCUUACAGCAGUGUAAAGCACUAACACACAUCUCCUAGUAAACAGGUCAGAGUUAACCCUUUGAUCGCCCCACAUGUUAACAUCUUCCUGCCCAGUGCCAUUAAUACAGUGUCAGUGCUUUUUAUUAGCAUUGAUCACUGUAUUGGUGUCACUGGGGAUGUCAGUGACACCAAGUCAGUUCCCCCCAGUGUCAGAAUGUCCGCUGUAAGUCGC